UCCAUAAUGAAAACUGGAUUCAACAGGCGCUUUGCUGGGCAAAAUGCAACUUCAUAUGGUCGCGGGACCUACUUUGCUGUAAAAGCCAACUACUCAGCCCACCCCACCUACUCCAAGCCAGCUGCUGAUGGUUCUCAGUUAAUGUUCGUCGCCCGAGUCCUCACAGGCGUCUACACUCUAGGCCAAAAGGAUAUGAUGGUGCCUCCACCUCGAAACCCCCAGCAGCCUCACGACCGUUACGACAGCGUGGUAGACAGAAUGUAUAAACCCAGCAUGUAUGUUGUGUUUCAUGACAACCAAGCGUACCCUGACUACCUCAUCACAUUCAAGGGAGAGUAAAGGAAAAGUGUUUUCCACUGUUUACAAAGGAAGG